AUGGCGAUGAAACCACAUGGGAAGUCGAUUAUGUCCUCCGAUGCCGACAAAAAAAUCGUAUUCUUCAAAGAUCUCUCCCUGGGUCCCAACGAAGCUCAGUUGCGGUUUCGGCUCAUCCAUUUCUGGGAGGCUUGGAAUCCGCUAAAGAAGACGCUUAUUGGCAUGGAGAUGUUACUCAUCGACGAACAGGGAACUGUUAUUCAAGGAUUCAUUUCCCCAGGGCGUAUUCAAACAUAUAUGCCUGAUAUGAAGCGAGGCUCUGUUUACAAACUCAACAACUUCUACGGAUCCAGAAACAAAUCGGUGUUUCGGGUUGCUGAUCAUACCGUUUCAGUGUCGUUCUCAUGGAACUCGGAGUUGAAGGUUCUUCUAAACUGUCCUACUCAUUUUGAUGCGGACAGUUUCCGGUUCCAUUCAUAUGAAGAGUUUCAAGCUAACUGCGACCUCAAAGGAGACCUCUACGAUGUUGUUGGUCACAUGAAGUUGGUUAAUGGUCAGAGUAUCGUUGAGGCACCGGUUCUUGACGAAGUGGAGAUAGCAAAAGCCAGGCGUGUUCUGAUUCAUGUCCAAUCACAUGAUGGACCGGUCAUGAAGCUAUACCUUUGGGAUCAGGCUGCAAGAGACUUCUGCAAAAAGUUCAAUUCAUACGAGGGCACACCCACUGUGUUACUGGUCACGACCGUCAACACGAAGACUCUCGGAGGUACUCUGGCCUUGACCUCAAUGUCAUCUUCGCGUAUGUUUAUGGACUAUGAUGUCCAACCUACAAUAGACUACUUCAGUUGGUUGGGCUCUAAUCCUGCAAUUGCUGAGCAGGUUAAUGUAGAGGUAGUCACCAAACGUGAGACAAUGACUAUAGGGGAAAUAUUCUCCUACAUCGAGCAAGAAUCCUCAAAGGACGCCUUCUUUGAGUGCACGGCUACGAUCGAUGACGUCGUGCAUGGUUCUUCUUGGUACUACAUUUCCUGCAGUGGGUGCCAUUCUAAGGUUAUCAAAGGUCCAACUUCGUUGAUCUGUACAAGCAAGAAGUGUGGAAAGGUUAACGCAUCUGGUGUGCCACAGUACCUGUCAAAGAUAUCCGUUUAUGACAAUAGUGAGCAAGCUGUCUUUGUGCUUCUUGGUGAUGCUGGUCGUGACCUGACUGGGAAGCCAGCAUCAGAGUUAGUCAGAAGCUAUUUUGAGGCUAAUGGAAAUGAAGGAGUUAACCUUGAGGCACCUGUUCCGGAAGCUCUAAUCAGCACCAUCGGUAAGACCCGAUCUCUUACCGUGACCAAGAUCCUCCCACUAGACCCUGAACCAACCACAAUGUCUUCGGAAGAUAACCAUACUACUGCCACAUCUGGGGAAACAUCCGAAAACUGUGUGGAUUCAGCGGAUGGGAGUAAGAGAACCUGUGACAGUUCUGAGCUGGAGAGAGUUAAACGCCCUAAAUGUGGGAACUAG